GCUUUUGUCUUUGCCUUUCCUAUUCCAAAGACUAUAGACGAGACGAAACUACUAGCAUUGCCUGUAGUUGCUUAACCAAUAUACUGUACUUGUAAAAUACGGAUAAAAGCUUGUAAUUACUAAUGUUACAAUCGAAAAUUCUGAGAUUACAACCAUCACAUUGUCACGAGAAUUGCGUGUGCCAAAAAUUAUAAGCAACGGACGCGCUUCGGCUGCAGGGGACCGGUUGAUUCUUUACAUAAAAUUUCAAUGUGUUCUGGAAAUGGUUUGCAAAGAGGACGUGGUAUCAUGGUUUAAAGAAUUGGAAAGCUAUAAACGCAUAGACGCGAUGUGUACGUUAUUAAAUAUGUGUUUGCCAUUUGAACUACGUUUCAUUGGCACCUACCUAGAGGAGCUAGGUAAGCGGGACUUUCAGGAGUUGCGUGGUGCUGAACUGAGAGCCAACAAUCCCACAGACCUGGCUGCGGACAUUGGAGGCGCUAACACAGACCCCAGAACGCGACGGAAAAUGGCCUUGUAUGUGUCGUUAUUACGCUCGUGUAAUUUUGCGUGUGCUACCACAUUGUACAAUGCUAUGGUCAGUUUGGAACAGAGUGGUCUGCUGAAAGGCUUGUAUGGUGACCUCUUGGAAGAAAUCUUUCUCCUGUACACAAUGGCGUUACAUCACCCAGCGUUUACAUUUGACCAAAAGUCACACUUUGGUGAAAUAUUAGAGAAAUUAAAAAUGGAAGAUCAGAGAAUACAGUUUUCAGAGCCACAAGAGCAUAUAAAUUUAGUGCCUGUGAGUGCUUGCCAUACACAGUCUAGUAUCACUGCUAAUAUGUCAGUACCACCACCUAACUUGUCUAGCUUGGGGCCACCUCCCGGUAUUGUGUUUGUCAAAACACCUGGGGUGCAGCCGCAGAGUACAGACACAGUGCCUGAGCUCAGCUCACCACCGGUCCUGACUGGAGCUGUGCCGCUACUGAGUGAAGUGCCUCAUGCUCCGCCGGGACUACCACUACCACAGUACAAUAUGGCUGAAUACAUGGGACAUAACGCAUGGCCUGCAAAUAUCAUAGUAUCACCUAUAAAUCAACCACUUGAGGUAAUAAAUUACACGGCGGCAAGUGGUGCGCCGACGUCGCCGCUGGUGUCGUCGCCGGGCGACAGCCGCUGCGCGUCGCCUCGCGCGCGGCGCCGCAUGUCGCGCGAGCGCUCGCCGCCGCCGGCCGCGGGCGGCGCGCUCGACCCGCAGCUGCCGCACCAACUUGCCGCCAACUUCGAGAACCUAUCAGUCGCCGAGGUGGGUCCCUCUUCCCAUCAACGCGGCCCCUUCGCUGUGUUUACGACGGACCUCCUUCGCCGCAAACAAUCUCCUGCAUUAAUGCUGUUUUCACACGAGAUGCGUCAUAAUAUCGGGGAUGAUCGGUUACGCGAAUUAAGUGCCGUACAUCAGCAGCAGUACAGAUCGCUGGAGAAGCUGAACGGCGUGCGGCGGCUGGCGGGCCCGUACAGCGGCGCGGCGCGCUCGUCGUCGGACUCGGGGUCGAGCGCGGCGUCGUCCCCGCCCGACACGCCGCUGCCCGCGCCGCGCCGCGCCACGGCCUCGGCGCCGCCGCCCGUGCCCUUCCUGCAGUACCCGCGGCCCUUCGCCUACCCCACGCCGCCGCCCGCGUACCGCCAGCCGCCGCCGCCCUUCGCCAACGGCGAGCCGCCGCCCUACCCCGCGGCCGCGCCGUACGCCGGCUUCGUGUCGGUGCUGUACGCGCCGCCCAAGCUGUCGUGCUGGAACUGCGGCGCGGCGGGCCACGCGGGCCACGAGUGCAAGGAGCCCAGCAUGGAGGAGAUGACGCGCGCGGGCGGCUACCAGCUGGACUUCGGCGGCGCGCCGCCCGAGCCCGCCGACAAGUAGUCUGCAGGCUGAGCCGUGUCCGCGUGUGAUCUGCCCAGAUUAGUACCAAAGUGUGAGUUCAAAAAUUGUAAAUAUUGACCCGGUCGGCCCGUCUGCGUGCUGUCCGUACCCGGCGUGAUGUGAACCCUUGACACGUGAAUCCUGAAGGAUUUCUUUUGAAGUAGAAUGAGAUAUUAGGUAGAUCUAUGAUGUUAAAUAUUAUGAGGGCUUGACGGACUAAUUUAUUAGAGGGUCUACUGAAAACUAUUUCUAAUGUUUAAGGGUAAUUGCACUUUCGAUGUAUUUAUUAGGAUUUAAUGACAUUCCAAUGAUUAUUUAAUUUUUGUUUUUUUAACUGGAGACAUGUAUUUGAUUGCACAUUAUAAUUUUUAUCUUACUGUAAAUUUGACCACACCUAAAGUAAUGAUCAAUGCAAACUCUGACAGAAUGACUUAGAAAUGUGUAAUAAUAAUUACGAUGGGCCUUAGAGUGAAGUCGCUGAAUAUAGGAAAUUUGAUAAAUUACAAAGUUUUAAAAAAUAAAUUAUAUUACAAAUUGAUAUUUAGAUUGUGACCAUUUCUCUAGGUUGAUAUCAGUAGGUGGUUCAUGUAUAAAAAUAACUAAAUCUUACUAAUGCUAAUUAAGAUAGUGAAAAGUUUUCGUCCAAAUCAAGUAUUGUAAAUACAUUUUCGUAACACAGGACAGAUACUUCAGAAAAACCAACAAAAAUCGGAUAAAUUGAUAUCAAUUGAAAUCAAAUAAGUAUUUAUGUUUCUUACGUGUUUAUCUAGUGGCCGAUGUGGUUAUAUUUGUUCAAGUUUUCACAUGGCCACUAACUUAGCUUAACAAUUGUUUUCUGUAAAAAACCAGUUCCUAUUUUAACUUAGUCCUCGAAACACGGAGCUUGGACCUCCUUAAUCGAAACGAAAAGUAACCCAUUUUUAUCCUUCCUUGUGCUUCAAGAUUACUGCAUACCAAGUAUCAGCAAAUGUAUUAUUAUUAUUUUCGCCAUUGUGACCCGAAGUUAUCACAUCCGCCUAUGCACCGUUACAUCUGCCUGAUCUCGGCGCGUCCGACAAAGCAGCUGCUCUACAUAUUGAGAGGGGAACAUCUUUACACAACAAUUAAUCUCUUUAGAUAAAAAAAUAUGAUACAAAUACUGACAGCUGCGAUCUACUUCUUGAAUAACGAUUUUGGCGGAUCUUUUGAAAGUGCAUUUGUAAAAAGCUCGAGGAUUUUAUUUUCGACUGUAGACAGUUUAUCCUUAAAAUGUAAGAUUUUACAAGUAUCAGGAUUAAAUAAUAUAAAUCACAAUGAAUUAGUGAUGUUGACUCAAGUCAUGAUAAUUUCCAGACUUUUAUCCGUUACAAUAUUCCAUACUUUCAAAUCUUUGAAUCACAAAUUGAAAGUGCAAUUAUUUAUAAACAUAAAUGUUUGUAGUUCUAGCGUAGAAUAUUGAGGGAAUUCCACCUUCAGGGGCAUAUCUAGAUAAUAGUUACGUUAUUAUUGGCAGCUUUACAGAACUUUAGUGUUAUUAUCAUAGAAAUGAAAUCAAAUAAAAAAAUUGGUACAAACACUUUCAUUUGAUCAAUUUUAUUAGCUUACAAUGUGUUAAACAUUUUGGGUUAAUACAAGUGCCAUAUAUUGGUGUAUAAUUAAUAAUUAUUUGUUUCAUGUUUAGUCAGUAUAAAUUUCUUAAAAUUUAUUUAGGUAAUAGAUUGAAACAGUCAGUGUCCAUCAAUUUAUCCAUAGUUUGAUAGUAAAUAGCAACAUUUUAUUUAAGUGACAAGGGUAACCAAACAAGCAAUAAAACUAAACAAAUUACAAAAGAGGUAGUUUGAACUGCUUUCUUAAAUAAAAAUAAUGCACAUGACAAUUUAGUACAUUUACAUUAGUACAAAUUGAAUUUGUAUGAGUUUAAAAUUGGAUUAAGAAGAUUAGUUAAGUGACAUGGUUUAUAAGAUAGUAUAAUAACAUAAUAGUAGAGGUAUUCUAGUGUUUGUUUUUUAUUGUUAAUGUUAUAAUCAAAAGAAAGUGUGAAUAAUAUUAGGAUAAACCUCUAUCUUCUUUCAAUAACAUCAAUGUUUGCUGCUUGUGGCAUCUUUCGAACAUAAAAUGUUGGAAUUCCCUUAUAUUCUUUGCUCUGCCUCGAAUUUCUACAAUUUUUAUGCAAUACAUAAUUUAAUAUAAAACAAUAGAUCUUGUAAAUACGAUGCUAACUUCAAAACUAUUCAAUAUACAGUUCUAAGUCGGAAUGUGACGAAUUAUACUAAAAUACGGAACUGUUUCCUUUGUCCCAAGACUGAUCUCUAAUACUAGAAAAUUAUUGGGCUUCUACGAACGUAAUGUUAAAACUGUGUUCACAAGGACGAGCGUCAUCGGCCACUUUCAGAGUUGAGGACUGUUUGUUCAAUGGUUGAGAAGGCGCUAAAGUAAUAUUGUGACUGGCCACAUAUUUAUGUGAUUGUACCUAGUAAUGUUAAACCAUUUUAUACAUAUGAGUUGAACAAGGGAUUAUUUUGAUCAAGCUCACGAAAAUGCAAUGCUCUUAAUUAAUGUUUAUAAUAAUAGUCAUUGUAAAUAGUUACAAAUAUGUAAGAGAGGUGACACGUCGCAUCCGAUGUGUUCGUAUUUUGUAAAUAAUUCAGUUUAUAUAAAUUAGUUGAUAUUUAGAGAAUGACUAUAUUUGUAAAUUACGUUGUAAUAAUUUGAGUGUCCCUAUAGAGUAUAUUUGAUUGUUUCUCUAUGAUCACUGUCACAAAUCACAAUUUGCAUUUUUAAAGUCCCAGUUUUUAAUGAAAAGUUCUAAUUAGAAGGGUUGUAUAAUUGUUUUUGCAUAAUUAUAAAAAAGAAGUGUUUUUUUUAAUCGAGUCAUAUGAGUCACGCGCAUGGGUGGGUGCUGGGUGUUGUGCUGUGGCCGAUUGAUAUGCAGCUUGUCGACACGUUUUAUUGAUGUUGUUUAUUAAUCACUUGCCAAAGAACUGUAUUCUCUCUUGAUAACACCAUUGUUGACUUACCAAACCUUGUUUCUUCAAUCUACAAUUAUUUAAAUACGAAGAGAAUACAUUUCUGUGCUGUGAUUUUAUUAUUAGUAGUGUUACUGUUAACAGAACCAUAAGGGACUAUUAUUUUGUAAGAUACAUGAUAUGUCACUCCUUCUGAAGGUUGUAAGUCCACAUAACGUAACUUUUGUGUUAUUUAUAUCUUAACAAUUUUAUUAUGAUAUUUAAAACAAGUUGAAGUAUAGAUUAAACAUAGAAAGAGUAACUUAAUAUUUGUAACUUUAUAAGUAUGCCUGUAGCCUAGCCCCAGAGUGGUACCGUCGAUGCAACACAUUGAUAGCAUUACAUACAGCAUAUCAAUCAAUCAUCAAUUGAGUGUGAUAUAAAAGUGGAUUGUCUAACUAUUUGUUAAUGUCUGCUCAAUUGUUUAAAAAAGUACAUUUUCAGUGAAAUCGGUAAAUGUAUAUCUGAAUAUUCAUUUUCUACAUAGACAUCAAUAAUAAUAUGAGUGGUCGGAAAUGUCUAUGCAGCUUUACUUUGUACUAGUGGAGUAUGAAAAUAUUUUUUUACUUUGUACAGAAUGUUAUAAAUGUGAUAAAUAAUUUUUGACAUAAUUAGAAAUUGUGAUUUAGUAAGGUGUGUAGUUUGUAAAAAAAAUAUGAAAAAAAAACUCGCUUUACUAAAUAAAUUAUACUAUUCUACAGCUAUGUAAUGUUGUUUUCCCACGUUUUUAUAUUUGGGUACUUAUAUAUUCUAAGCUGUUGUACCUAUUGCUAGAAAAUACAAAUUUCAGGAGAUUCAAUGUUUCGGCCCAGUAUUGUCAAACUUCUGUAUCCCACCAAUGCUGUGAAUCAUUUGCUUCCUGAGAAUAAACAACCAAAAUCUACA